AUGCCUUUCGUGGAGCGAGUAGUUGAACCGAAGUUUCUUUCGAGAACUAGUUUACGGGACGAAAACGGGAAACAGAAAGUCACGGAUGAGGAACUCCAGGCUGUGACUAACUGUACUCUGAGUAAUGCUCUCCGUCAACUCGCGUCCCUCGUGCUUCUGGCCGAGGACAUAUUCAGUGAGCUGACAGGGCAACUGGAGGCCAUUAAAGAGCGAUCAAAAGCUGCCCAAGCAAAAAUCGUGACAAUCAAUGAGCUAGUCGAGAAAUAUGAUCCGAAGAAAGUGCCAGUCCGUAAGUAUCUGUUUAAAUUGCAACUUGUUAGUGUUUAA